CUCUGUCGGAGCCGCUCCACCUGUACUUCCUGCAGAGCGCUCCGAGCCGCCGCCGCCUCUUCAGCCUGGAGGCGUUCAGCAUCGAGCAGAAGGUCCGAGUCAGCCUGUGUCUCCACGAUAACAUCCAGCUGCAGCUCGUCACCACGGAGGCCACACACACCCAGCAGCUGUCAGACCUCCCCUCAGACUUUGGCUUCCUCUCUCUCGGGCAGUCUGACCCCCUCUAUUGUCCUUCAUCUCCUUACUCUUCGCUCUGUGACUCCCUUAGACCUCCCUCCCCAUCUUCUUACUCCCCCAGUGCUCCCUUCUCCUCCUCCACUCUUCCUCCUGCUCCCGUCUCCCUUCUCUCUCCCUACUCCUCCUCACCACCUUCCAGGAACAUCAUCUCCUCAGCUCAGCUCCUCCCUUCACCUCACCGUCCCUCCUCCACUCUAAGGAGUCCUAUCUGGAAGGAGAGAGCAGGAGCAGAAGAGGAAGAGGAGAGGAGGAAGAGGAGACGGGAGGAAGAGGAGGUGGAGGAGCGGCAACAGGGGGAGGGGGAGAGUGCCUCAGAGACUUCAGAGAACGCGGGUGGUGUCGGGGGGCGGGGCUUCCUGCUCAGCCCUCACCACUUCAACAUGAACCAGGAGAGUGACCGUGACGAGGAGGAAGAGAAGUUUAUCUUCAGACCACCAGUCCUACGUCGCUCGCUCUCCGAGGGUUCUCUGCUGCAAGAACCUCGAUCGCCCCACUUCCUGUCCGACAGCACCAUCCACCGCCUCACCCGUCCUGUGAACUUUGACCUCAGCCCCAACUCGAGCCCCGCCUCCCGAGCCCCCUCCCCCCACACUCUGAGGAAGCAGCUGACCGGAGAGGGGGGGUCUCUGCACCAAAUGCUGAUGCUGCUCAACGGGACCAAGGCUGGAGAACCCAGAAACCGACAGCUGAAGAAGAAAACUCUAGCAGCUGAUGUUCGGAGCCGCCUGGCGUUUCUGCGAAUGUGGAAAAAUGGCGCUGGUGUCCAUGGAAGCAGUUUGGAGAAAGCGCUGAAAAAUAACAGACCGUCUGCAAAGGAGGUGCUGAGGUGGGCGGAGAGUCUGAAGUCCCUGCUGUCCAAUCAGUAUGGUCUGACGGUGUUCCGUCACUUCCUGAGGUCAGAGUUCAGCGAAGAGAACCUGGACUUCUGGUUGGCUGUGGAGAGGUUUAAAAAGACACGUCCCUCCAACAAGAUGGCUGCCAGAGCUGCAAAAAUCUACGACCACUUUAUUUCUACGACUGCAUCAAGACAGGUCAAUGUGGACUCGGCCAUCAGAGAGGCAACCAAUCAGAGCCUGCGCCUUGGCGUUAGCUCCGCCUCCUUCCAACUGGCGCAGGAGCAGAUUUUCAACCUGAUGGAGACGGACAGUUACCCACGAUUCCUCAAGUCCCGCCUCUACACCCAGCUGGCCAGUCACAACACAGAGCAGCGGAUCCGACCAACCAGAGACGAGGGGUUGAUCUGAGCUUCUGACUGGCUGAACAAAUCUCUCAGUAGCAUUCUGGGAGAUGUAGUAUUGAGUGUUUUGGGACAUUUACCCUUUUCAUGUUAAACAACUUGAUUCUUACGCUAAUCUUCUUUUUUUGCUGAUCUUUGUUUAUCUAAAAACAUUUAACCCGUCCGUGUGAGAAAAACAUGGCCUCUGACCUUGAACCUGAAAUGAGAUGCCAUCUUUAGACUGUUAGGUGUUAUCCUUUAUGCCUUCUCGUGACCCAGGUGAAGCCUCGCAGGUUAAACAUCGGCAGGACUUUCAGCCUCGGCUGCAUGUCGUUGAUUCCAGAGCAGACUCUGAUUCAUGUUUUUAGCUAACGGCUAACUGAUGUAUCUCUGAUUAAAGCUGACUGAUGUCA